ACAGGGAGACGACUUGCGUCAGGACAUGCUGGUCCUGCAGCUGGCAGAAGCCAUGGACAGGAUGUGGCUGCAGGAAGGCCUGGACCUGGCGAUGAUCACCUACCGCUGCCUCUCCACGGGCAAGGACCAAGGGCUGGUGCAGCUGGUCCCCGAGGCCGUGACCCUGGCCAGCAUCCACCGCCAGGCGGGGCUCCUGGGGCCGCUGAAGGCCAGCUCCCUCCAGCAGUUCGAGCAGCACCACCGUGCCAGGGCCGACUACCAGAAGGCCUUGAAGAACUUCCUCCUGUCCUGCGCCGGCUGGUGCGUGGUGACCUUCCUCCUGGGCAUUUGUGACCGGCACAAUGACAACGUCAUGCUCACCUCCGCCGGCCACCUGUUCCACAUCGAUUUCGGGAAGAUCCUGGGUCACGCUCAGACCUUCGGGGGGGUCAAAAGGGACCGGGCUCCAUUCAUCUUUACUUCGGAGAUGGAGUACUUCAUCACAGAGGGCGGGAAAAACCCACAGCACUUCCAAGAGUUUGUGGAGCUCUGCUGCAGGGCGUACAAUAUUGUCCGAAGGCACAGCCGACUGCUCCUGAACCUUCUAGAAAUGAUGUUACAUGCGGGAUUACCUGAGCUCAGAGGACCUGAAGACCUGAAAUACGUCUAUGAUAAUCUCCGCCCUCAAGACUCCGACCUGGAAGCCACCAGUCACUUUACCAGGAAGAUAAAGGAGAGCCUGGACUGCUUCCCGGUGAAGCUGAAUAACUUGAUCCACAUUCUUGCACAAAUGGCAGCCGUCCACCCCAGCAAAUCAACCCCACACAGGUCGCCCCGGGAAUCCUGGGUGCCAAAGACCGCCCGGAUGAUUCAGCAAGCAACAAUUUUGGGGUUCAGCAAGACUCACCCCCACCAUCUUUAUCUGAUCCAAGUGGUUGAUGCUGACAAGGAAAUCCACCUGACGGAAAAAUCAUUUGAUCAGUUAUCGAAACUUCACAGCCAACUUGAGAAGCAGUUUCCAUCAAUAACCCUCCCGGAGUUCCCACACUGGUGGCACUUACCCUUCAUGAGCUCGCCUCGCAAGAGAUUCCGAGACCUGAACCGGUACCUGGAGGGAAUAACGGGCGGAUCGAGGGCCGUGGCCGACAGUGAUUGUGUGCUUAGCUUUUUUCUCUCUGAGCCUGUACAACAAACAAUUGAAGAAUCUUCACUUGUGGACCUAAGUCAGGAGCCGUCAGACAAGACCCCCAGGGUGCAGCUGCUGAUGUGGCAUGAGGGCACGAAGCUGACCGUCCUGGUGAAGCACGUGAAGAACGUCCAUCUCCCCGACGACUCUGUACCCAGUGCUCACGUCGAACUCUACCUUCUGCCCCAUCCCAGAGAUGAUCGGAGGAGGAAAACGAGGAGCGUCCCACGAUGCACCAACCCCACUUACAACGAGAUCAUUGUGUAUGACGAGGUCACAGAGCUGGAAGGCCGUGUGUUAAUGGUUAUUGUAAAGAGCAAAGCUGUGUUUGUGGGAGCAAUUAACAUCUACCUCUGCAGUGUUCCGCUCCAAGAAGAAAAAUGGUACCCACUGGGAAGCAGCAUCAUUUGACCAUGGCCGUGAAGCUACACAUUAUUCACUAAUUACUUGGGGUUUGGGUUCUUUUUUCCACUUCUGAAUAUAUA